GACGUGUUCUUUAAAAUUUUUUGAAAAUGCAGGUAUGUAAACUCGUGUUUUUCUGCAGAAUGUGUCAAAUUUGCUUAAGAAUGAUCUCUUGUUAUAUGUUCCCCAUGCAAGAAACAAGAUGACUCAACAGGGAAUACGAGAGAGGCGGAACUGCUCCCAAUCGACAUCUAUUACAACAAACUUUUGGGUAAGGAUUUAGAGCCGAUAACAAACCGAAAUUAUGUUAUGCUAUGGCUAUAAAUAAACUCUUGGAAAUAAUCAUGAAAAAUGGGCCUUCAAAUUUAAGUCAAUAAAGGAAAUUUAGAAUUUGACUACACAUCAUGAGGAGUAGAAUGAGUUGAGAUUGCCGAGGUUGGCAUGGAAAUCCCCAACGUAAAUGGUGGACGGAUUAAUUGAAACGUAAACCAUUGAUUCUUCAAGGAGUUUGAUUUAUUACAUAGCUUUCGAAAGGUUUAGUUUAUGUCUUUGUGUUCAUCCUGAUUCAAAUUUAAUCACUCUUUUUCUGGAUUAGAGACGAAACAGCAAGGAUAAACAACAACAACAUCAACACUACCUUGUACUUUUACAUUAAUAACUGUAGAUCCCAAGCUGGUGGCUCUUCCAAAUUCAGAUUUGUCCUUUCAAGAGAACAAUUGUAUCCUCUAUACAUAUGAAUCAAAGGUUCUUGUUUGAAAAUUUUUAUUUACCUCUGAUUGCAUUUCUAUCUUGUUGAAAAAAAAUACAGACUGGCUUUUGGAUAGAAGACACUGUGAUGUGAAAUGGCAGACAGGUGUUUUGGAGGUUAGAGAGAAAAUUAAUGCAGCCAUUCAGGAUAUGCCGCCUGUGGAUGAAAUCACACAGCUUCUUUCUGGAACAUGUGAGUCAUUCUUAGACAUGUUUUAGACAUUUCAUUAAUCCCUAAAGGUGAUAAGCUUCUAAUUUCUCCAAACAGUAUCACCCCUGAAUCAAACAUUAAGGUCAUGAGAGUAAAGAAAAUGAUCAUGAUCACAAAUUCUCUUUGAAAGUGCCAUAGGAAAAGUAUAGAGAAUAGUAUGGAGAACUUGCAUACUGAUGUUAGGGUGUGAAGGGUCACAGUGGACUCAUUUGAUUACAUAGUUCAUUGCUAGGACGUGAUUAAAAUACAUGUCCUUAAAAACUUAUAAAACUGCAAAGACUUAUUUAUGCAUUCAGUUUGUGUUUAUUUUUGCUAUAAAAUUAUUAUGAUGUUAGUUAUGAAAAUUUGGUAUUGGAUGAAUGGAUAAUCUUCUAAUUGAUAAUUUCAUUGAUUCUCAUUACUUUUCAACUUGAUGCUGUAUAGCUCUUGCAAGGAGAAAUUCUGUCUUGAUCACUUGUGAGAGUAAAAGGGUUAACAGUAUUAGAAGCUUGUAUUCUUGUUACAGUUAUUGUUAACCUAGAUCAUUUUUAAACCCUGCUUGUACUUUAGGUAAGUCAGGUUGAGAAUAUUUGUAUGUAUAAUAAUUAUUUCAUUUUAACUUUUACAGACAUCAACUACUUUCACUGUAUCAGAAUUGUAGAGUUACUAAAGAUAUCAGAAUCAGCAACAAAAAACAUUUUUGGUGGUUAUUCGUCAAAGAGGAUGAAGGUUAGUACCUAGGAUGCAACAUUAAACUGUGGUGACGCAUAAAUGCUACUGUUGUGACUGGAUGGAAUGACUCACCAAUUUUUCAUUCCUUUUUUCCAUCCUGAGCAACUUGAAAGUUCUGCCUCUACUUUAAAGGGUCAUAUCUUUUUUCUGUUUUCAUCCAGUUAUUAAGAGGGAAUGCUACAAAAUACAGUUGAACCUGUGUAAAGUGGCUCCAUCUUACAUGGUCACCCUGGUUUAAGUGGUCAGUUUUCAAAGUCAAGAAUUUUUUGCCUCUUUAAUUCCCAUGAGUGACCAAGACUGAAUUUCUCCUAGUAAUUUUGAAACAACAUUAAGUAGACAAGUGAUGAGAAUUAAGAAAAAUAUGAAUUAGGGAAUUAUCAGUUGAUCCAAUACCAAAUUCUCCAAAACAACAUCAUGAGAAUUGUAUGACAGACAGUAAGGAGAAUUACUAAUGAGAUCUUGGGAGUCAAAAGAUUAAGUACUGUACAGUCAUUUAAUCACCUCUAUUAUCCACCUCUCUAUCAAGGUGGGAAGUACAUCUGCGUCUGAAUUAAUGUUGCUAUGUUGUCAAAAUGACACAACAGACAGAUUUGUAGAAGUUUUACAAUGAAAGUAAAGUUUAAACAUUUAUUAACUUAUAUAUUGCAUCAGGAAUCAAAGAAAAGUGUAGGAUGACAUUGUUUUAUUUUCUUAUAACAGGACUGGCAGGAAAUUGUGAAGCUAUAUGAAAAAAAUAACAUCAACCUAGGUACAGUAUUUUUCAAUUAUUGGGCUGUUCAUUUGUUGGAGCUUAAUACUAACAACUACUAAAUAUCUUAAACACGCCUUUCACCAUUUCCUCUAGUUGUUGUAAAAAUGUGUUACAACAGUAUUUUCUCAAUCACUGAAUCAUUAUAUUGUUUGCUAAAGACAAUGUUUGUUUGCCAAAGACAAUGUUUUACAAAUGACAUAAAAAAUGAAAACACUCAAGUCCGAAAUUGUUGGUAUGGAAGAAUGACUAUGUAGUCAUGUAAUUUAAUGAUCUGUUCAGUUAUAAAGAAGUUGAUGGAUAUAUGUUAAGCUAUAAUUUUAUCUCAUAUACAUGCAAUAGCAUGUAAAAUGCUAUUGCACAGUUUUUAGCCUACUAUUCUUUAGUUAUUAGCUAGUGAAAUAGCUAAUUAAAAAAACAAGUGAAAAAACUAAUUACUGUACCUAAAUAGCCACUUACAUGACUUGUAGACCUGAUAACUAAUAAUAGAGAUACUAUUAUACAAUAAUAGAGAUUUCAAAAAUUAGUUUCCUUUAAGAUGAUCAGAUAUUGCUGUUAGUGGCUAAUGUAAAGAAGUGCAAUGCCAUGUAAAAUCAGAAGCAGUGCAGUAAUAAACAAUAAGAGUCAGCUACAGGAUUUUGCUUCAUGAUUAAUUGAGGGAAUAGACAUUAUUACAAGUAGAAGAUGACCUGGAAAGGCAGGAUAUACAUUGUAAAUAAACUGUCAGUAGCAUAUUACAUGUACCUAUUAUCUAACAGAGGUCCUUUGAAAACUCUCUAACUUUAUUGUCACAAGCUCAUGGCAUUUUUUAUUUCAGCUGAAGCUGCUCACCUUUUAAUAAGGAAUGUCAACUAUGAGAUCCCAUCAUUAAAGCGGCAAAUAGGAAAGUGUCAGCAGACUCAAAGGGUAGGGUUGAUUAAAAAAGAGAUUAAUUGAUAGAAUUGAUUGGUUAUGACAAACAUUGUUAUCUAUUAGUGGCUAGUGCAUGCAUGCCCUCGAGGUACUGUUAGUACUAACACAUUGACAUGUACUGUGUGAUUAAGGAUUGCACAAGGAAGGAGAGUGAAUAUUCAUCCAAUGCAGCAUUAUUUAAAGAAAAGUAUCAAAGUGUGUGCCGACAAAUGGGUAUUAAGGUAUGUGUAUGGAAUUGUAAUGAUCUGUAAGUUUGCAAAGCUUACAUCUACUAUAAAUGGGUAAUAUACACGUACAUGUACACAUUUAUUUACAUUUAUAUGGAGCAACAAGAUUCAAUUUUAUUUUCAGGGUGAUGAUGUGAAAACAGAAUUAUUGAGUCUACUGAAUGAAUUGCCUGAACUAUACAAAGGGAUUGUAUCAUCCAUUGGCAGUUUAAAGAAUGCAACUCAUUAUUACGAGGCAUUUGUCAACUUUUUAGUUCCAAGGUGUGUUACACAACAUACAUCUUAUUCAUUGUGUAAAUACAUAUACUGUAAACUUUUUUUCUGCAAGUCGCCUAGAACCAUGUACAUGUGACACAUACUGUACCACUCACGUAUAUGUUAACCGAAAAAUGCAAAUUAAACGCGCCAAAAAUCACAUGCAAUUGCGAAUAAAAAAAAUCGUCCGCAUCAAAAAAUCGCAUGUACGCGCACGACCUUGAAAUAUUGGCCUCAUUAGUAUGUAUGAGGUAGUCCUUUUGUUUUUCUAUUGUUGGCGGUUUAUUGUUUUAAAGAAUAGGCCACAAUGUAGUAGCACUAAAAUACUACAUGGCUACCAACGACAAGCAAACUUGUGUGUUGCAAUCGCCAUUCAAACUGACCUUCCCAAUAUGCUGUUACCAAUGCAUAAUUGGAAUAUAUAAAUGAUUUAUCAUUUUCCUACAGAAUUUAUUUAUCAAAAUAGCCAUUUGACACUUCGUAGAUAGAUACAUCUGUCGCAACGGCCUGGGAAUUUGUUCAAAGUAAAUUCAGUCUCAGUGUAUUGUAAUUUGGUAGAAUCAGCUAAGGCGCCUGUUUGUUACCAGUUGUCACGUUCUGAGUGCAAACCCAUGCCUGAAUGCUCAUUUCAUAGCUUUUGUCAUUGGUGAACAUGCUGUUCUUGGAGAAAACUGUUAAUAUAGUGGUAUAAAUUUGAAAUACUUAAAAAUGCCUGAUAUAGGCAUUUAUAUUAUGUACCGUCCAGAAGCUUUCCUACAUGUAGUUUUUGGGUGGGGGUAAAGGGGUAAGGGAGUAGGGAGUAGGGAGGGAGGGAGGGAGGGAGGAAGGAAGGAAGGGAGGAAGGGAGGUAGGGUGGUUGUCAGAAGGGACAGUCAAUAUCACCGAUUUCUCUGAGUUGUAAAGACUUUUUAGCUGCAUCUGCACAGGUCUUACAAUAAGGCAGCUCUCUUAUUGCCACCAUUCUUCUAUUUAUUGCAAGCACAUGUUUGUGUAUUUUUAAUUAAUAGCUUAGUCAUCAACCCCAUUCUGUCGUAGGGCUAUCUUUGGUCUCACAGGGGUAUUCUUUAGUAAGAAAAAAUAUUUAACACUUUCAAUUUCACCAGAAGUUCCUAUAGGUUUUCAUACAGGAAUGAAAAAUGUGAGGUUAAUUUCCAUUAGUGAACGUUGUAUCUCUUAGUUGGUACAUAAGCAUUUAGCAGGUGUUUAUCACUGAAUAACCCACUAUACUCCAAAGUUUAUUUGAAUUGAAAUCUCUCUACCUUUAUUUGAACACAGAGAUGUAAUUAUUAUCUUACUAACCUGGUUUUCUUGAUACUUACUGUACGUUAUGGAACCUUGUUUUUUUUCUGAGGGGAAAAUUCUUGGUUCAUAACUUUAAGUCGUGACUUCAAACUUGAUUAGUUUAAGGUACUACCAGUAAGUUACUCAGCUGGAACUGUUCUUUUACAAGUAAGGGUAUACUUAUUAUUUUUCAGUUAUAACCACGAGAAAGAGAGCUCUGAGGUGACUACACCACUUGUACGACACAUCCAAAAGCAUGGUAACAGCACAGUUUAUCAGUGGAGGACUGGCAAGAUACCAUCGGUAUGAAUAUUUCCAAUGUUUUCCUGAUAAAAUGUAUGAAGAUGUGUAACAAAUCUUUGUUUUGUUAAUUUAAGGUUAUUAUUCCUGACAAAAGACCAGAGACAACAAAUGUAGAAAAUGAAGAAAGUGGGGAUGUGAGUGACUUUGAAUGUGUAAUUUUUUUUAUUAAAAAACCUAACAUUGAUUAUUGGUAUGACUAAGAGCGUUGACUUUUGACAUAAAUAGGUUAAACAAUUUCCUCUUAUAUGAUGAAUAAAUUAGGUACAUGCAUGCAUUACAUGGACCAGGAAUUACAAUGUAUUAUGGUUUGGCUGUUACAAGUUCAAUCAUGAAGCAAAUUAACAACAUGGAGUUAAAGAAGGCAUCUUAGUAAGAUUUCACUCAGAUAAGUCAUCAACACAGCCAACAGAAUUGAAACUCCAAAAGCACAAGAAGAGCAGAACAGGCAGUCAGCAACAAAAGUGGACAUACAUGUAUGAGGGAACAACAUAGACUUCUUGCAAUCAUAAUUAUGAUGAAAACGCCCAAAUAAGAGUGUGUCAAGAUGUACCAAUAGUGGCUUACUAUCUUGUUUUUUAAAUAAGGAGGGGGAUUAAUUUAUCAUCAUGGCCUGGCAAAGACUAGCAGUUUAGCAAGGAAUAAAUGUCACAGUCUACAAUUAAAAGUAUUUCUCUUUUGUGAUUAUGUUUAAUAUCAUAAUCCUGUAUAUAUAUAUAUAUAUAUUUUUUUUUUUUCUGUUCCCACAGAUUGAUUGGGGCAUUGAAACUGUUACCACCACUGACACUGGGGCAGAUAAUAUUGAUUGGGGGGGGGGUGGUGAGGAAGACACAGGGGGGAUAGACUGGGGGGACAGUGGUGAGACUAUUGACUGGGGUGAAACAGGGCAGGAUAAUCAGGACAGUGCUAUUGAUUGGGGAGAUGACACUGGGACUGCUGACCAUGAAGUGACAGUGGAUAGUGGAGGAAUUACAUUGGAAGGGUCUGGUCAAGGUCAGUAACAACGUGGUGCAUUUUCAUUUGCGUUAUUGCAAUUUUAGUAUUAUGAAUAAUGUGUAGAUAAGCAAGUUAAGAGCAGUGACGUUAUUUUUUAGAUGAAGGAGGAGUGAUAAGUGGUGAAGAUGCCGAGACUUUAAUGGAUACAACUCAAACAAGAAAUCUCUUAAUUGACGAGCUCCUGGAGGUGAGUGUUAUGCACAUUUUGUUUAUCCUUUUUGUUAUUUAGUGUUUCUUUUCUCAGCAAGAUUUCUUUGCACUCUUCUUUCUACAGCUUCAGGGUUUCUUACGCCAGAGACUGAUGGAGAUGAAGAGUGAUUCUGAUGUCUUGUCAGCCAAUCAGGUAUCUUACACUGUGCUUGUAGUUAUCAAGUUUAUAGUACUUAUCAGAGUUUCUGUCCAAAUAGAUGCUACAUGUUGCAAGCUCUGCCCACUGACUUACAAGAGAGCUCUUAAGCUAGUGGCAAGCUAAGCAAUUUGCCGUAGAUGGAGGCAGUAUAUGUUAAGGUUAGAAUGUUCCCCCUUCCCUCGAAGACCGUUCCGAUCCCGUUCUAUCUUUUCCACUAUCCUCCUGGAGCGAGAUAAAGAGAGAGAGAUAUAUCCUGGGUAAGGGGUUGCUGCCAGUGAAUGUAUGUGUACAUUUUAGAAAUUUCUGUACGUUAAAUAACUAUAAUGCACCCAUAGAAACAGUAGCAAAGGCGAAAGUCCUAUCAAAAUAAAUUGUUAUGGCCAGGCAGGGAAAUAGAAAUGGUAAUAUUACCAGUGAUUGCAAUAAUAUAUAUAACUGAAAAUCAGUUCCAUUUUAAGAAAUGUGUUUUGGUUGUAAUUUCUAUUGUUUGUGUGUUUAGUUUCAGUCGGCUCCUCAGCUAAUUCAAAUGCAGUCAGUGGAAUCAGUCCAAUCCAUGGAGUCCGCUGUAACAGAUGUUCUGUCGACCCUCACUUCAAUGAAGAUGCACAAUUUGUUUUUACUUAAAACUUCUCCUCGGUAAUGUUAAUAACCAAUCAGUCCUCAGAUCUCACUUUUGAUGAUCCUUAUUGACUGUCAUACUUUUGUCAUAUUAGAAGUUUAAUCGAAAAACAUAUCCUUAGUUGCUAAUUUUCUUUUUUUCAUUAGCUAUUUAUGUGACAUCGUAUUAAGACUGUAACAAGAAUUUAUCUGUGGAUCACUCCCAUCUCCUAUGCGAUUGGUUCGAAAUGUCGUCGGUUGAAGGUUACACAAAAAUUUCGCUUCUUUGGGUGGGUGGGGGAAGGGGGGUGUAGGGUGAUUGUCAAGAAGGGAGAGGAGGGACGGUCAAUAUCACAGAUUUCUCUGAGUCGUAAAGUUAUUUUAAUGCAUCUGCAUAGCUCCUACGAUAAGGCAGCUAUCAAAUUGCCGCCGUUCUCUAUUUAUUGCGAGCAAGCGUUUGUGUAUUUUAAUCAAUAACUUAUGGCCCUUUCUGUUUCCAGAUACCUGGACCGCUUAGCUGAUUCCCUUCAGCAAAAACUUAAAGUCUCAGAAAAACUGGUAACGUCCAUUAAAGUGAUGGCAGAUAAACGACAGGCGGCCACCAUAGAACAGAGAGACUUGGAACCUAAACUUGAAAUUAUCAGAACUAAGACAAGGGAACUUCAAGAACAGGUAAGACAGCAAAGUUACUACUUUCAGAGGAAUUAAUCUGUUGUGUUGUGUCGGCGGGCAGGGGAUGUACGAAGUUUGUUAUCAAUUUGGAAAUAAAAGGCCGUAUAUGUGUUGGAUUUCGAAAAUUUGACGUUUCAAGCAGUAGCCUGAAUCUCGGUGCAAAGGACUAAAGGCUAGCCUGCAAAUGCCCUUCGAAAGUCAUAAUUUGUUAUUUGAUUAUUUGUUGUUUGAACCCCCGGCUUUGAACACUAAAACAUUUGCUAGACAACGGCCAUCAUGAGCUACUUAUGACACAUAACGCCUUGGGAAAGUAAGAGGUCAGGUCUUAUUUCAGGUGACAGGAGUUAAAAAGCUUUUAGUAAAGAUGCGCGUCUCGAGUAUAGCCAUGUUCCACACGUUUGCGUGAAGAUCCUGCGUGUCACCUGUUUUAAGAUGUGUCUGACUUCUGCCUUUCUCUGAAAGAGGAAUGGAAGUGAAGGAAACAGAAGUCCUGACAAUAUACCAACCUCUACCUGUGACAGUCUAUUCCGUGUCCAAUUGUCGACCUCAUCUGAGUCACUUUUGGUAAUACGGUAAAAAAUACCCCAACCCCGAGAAAAGCCAUUAUCAGACCUGAUAAACUAGUUUCAUUAUAUAUUAUGUAAAAUAUGUAUUUUGCUGCCCUAUCAACCAUGUCUUCGUCGUUAUCCAUUUUCCUUUUUCAGAUUUCUCAAGAAAUAUCCAAGAAAUACAAGAACAGGCCGGUGAAUAUAAUGGGUGAAAUAAACACUAUUUAGAAACAGGUUGUUUAUUUCAUGUUUACUGUGUUGUCAUUUCUGGUGUUUAAAUUGAAGUUAUAUUAAAUAAAACUACAGCAGUGUUAAAAAAAAACACUCAAAAUAAUGUUGUCAUUCAUUUCGUUAAAUUCGCGGUAUUUAUAAAUAAUGUAUCAGAGAGAAUGAAUUUUUUAGCUCUACAAUAGUUGGACAAAUGCCCCUUGUAUUAAUAGGCCAUUUUACAGUUGUGUACUUAGUUGCCAAGCCUUUGAUUUGGAGUGA